AUGAAAGUGAUAGUGAUAGCACUAGUGUUACUGUUAGUCCGGGCUGAUGAUGACUUGUUCAACCCAUACAUCCAUACAUCAACGAUGUUGAAGCGUUUUAAAAAGAUCAAGUUAGCGAACAAGAGAAAUGAGAAGCAACUUCUUCAGUUAGAGAGUAAAGAGAGAAAGAUGUUGAAUAUGUUAGAUAUAAUGUACAGAGAUAUGAAGAUAGCAGUAUCGAUGAAAGACAGAUUUACACUUGAGCAAAAAGUUGGGAAGCUUCAGAAAUUGUUAGGACAAUUGAGAGAACAAAAGAGAGCUGUGUUACGACGCAUGAGAAGAAUGGCAGAUAAGGUAGCUUCACCAGAAAGAGAUAGAUUUGUUAGAAAAGCAAGAAUUGAGAAACGAAUUGGACUUGAAAAUACACUUCAUCUUGAUAGAGAAGUAGAUGUUAAUCAAGAGAAAUUACUGAAAGUAAUUGGUGCAUAUGCCCAUAAAUAUGCAAAGAUGGCAUCAGAAAUUGCAGCAGAAGAAGCAGCACGUGGUGUUGACAAGAAAGGUGGUGACAUUUUGAAGUCACAACACAAAUUCAAAAAAGCAGCAAAACACGCAUACAACAAAUACUACAAGAAAAUCGUCAAGAGACUCGAAGAAGCAACAGCUGAUGGCGUAGAAUCAAAAGACAUCAAAACUGAAUGCAGAUCAGCUAUCGAUGGUCUCAUCAGAAGACUCGAACACAAAUACCUUGCUAUCGUCAAAUCUCGUAAAGAAGCAUCAAAAGAAGCAAAAAAAGCAAUCAAAAAACCACUCAGAAAAUCGAUGAAAAAACUCUCUAAGUCCUUCGAAAAGAAGGCUGUCAAGGCUGCAGCCCAAACCGCUCCCGCUAAGAAAGAUGUCAAGGAUGUCAAAGCUCCUCAAAAAACCCAAGAACCAGCUAAGAAGUAA